CCUGUGGAUUAAAGCAGAAUGAAAUAAACGCUGGUGAAUUAAAUGGGAUUCACUCAAAAAUAAAGGGUUAAACAUUUGAUUUACUGUCGAAAUAUUGAACAUCGUCAUCAAUGCUGGCGGACUCAGUGGGUGGCGGUCGUUGUCGGGGAAGGAAGCGGUCAGCAGCAGUGGGCGAGCUGGACUCCAGUGGGCGUGGCCGCAGCAGCACACCUGCCACACAGAUCAGAAGUAAAAACACUGAGGCCGAGGAAGAGGAGGAUCAGUCUGAGAAAAAGUUCAGAAAGUGUGAGAAAUCAGGAUGUCCAGCCACCUAUCCUGUGUGUUUCGCCAGUGCGUCUGACAGAUGUGCUAAAAACAGCUACACGUCCCGCUGGUAUCAUCUGUCGUGUGGUGAACACUUCUGUAAUGAAUGUUUCGACCACUACUAUAGAAGUCAUAAAGACGGAUACGAGACGUUCUCCUCGUGGAAGAGGGUUUGGACCAGUAAUGGCAAAAGUGAACCCAGUCUCAAAGCCUUCAUGGCAGACCAGCAGUUGCCCUGCUGGGUUCAGUGCACUAAAGCAGACUGUGGGAAAUGGCGUCAGUUGAGUAAAGAGACGCAGCUGACGCCGGCGCUGGCGUCAUCGUACCGCUGUGGCAUGAAACUCAACACCAUUAAAAUUGAAGGAUGUGGCGCGUGUUCUCAGCCGGAGGACGGGCGAGUGGCAGGUGUGACGGACAGCUGGUGGCACUCCAUGUUGAUUCUGCCACCGUUGUUUAAGGACAGUUUGGCCAGUCCGUUUCUCUCAGCGUAUUACCCCGACUGCGUGGGCAUGAGCCCCUCUGCCUCCCCCAACACCCAGCGGUGCACCGCUCAACCUCACAUGUCUGGACUCUCUCCGUGUUUCCAGCCCUUCUACCAGCCCAACGAAUGUGGAAAAGCACUGUGUGUGAGACCCGACAUGAUGGAGCUGGAUGAGUUGUAUGAGUUCCCAGAAUUCUCCAGAGAUCCCACCAUGUAUCUGGCGUUGAGGAACCUGGUUCUGGCAGCCUGGCACAGAGAUUGCAAGGAGGUUUUGACGGCACAGAAAUGUGCUCCUCACGUGAUUGUUCGAGGGCUGGUGCGAGUCCGUUGCGUGCAGGAGCUGGACAGGGUUCUGUGUUUCAUGACCCGGAAAGGUUUGAUCAACACUGGAGCUCUGCAGGCGUCACGGCCUCUUCUGCCUCCCUCACAGCACAACAAGGUGUUGGUGAUCGGUGCAGGGCCCGCGGGUCUCGCAGCAGCUCGACAACUUCGAAACUUUGGCAUGCAGGUGGUGGUUUUAGAGGCCAGGGAGCGAAUCGGUGGAAGAGUUUGGGAUGACGUGUCAAUGGGCAUUCCCGUUGGCCGUGGAGCUCAGAUCCUAAAUGGCUGUGUGAAUAACCCCAUUGCUCUGAUGUGCGAACAGCUGGGCCUGAGGAUGCAUAAGUUGGGUGUGCGCUGUGAGUUGAUUCAGGAGGGAGGUCACAUGACCGAUUCAGCUGUGGACAAGCGCAUGGACUUUCAUUUCAACGCUGUACUGGACGCCGUGUCUGAGUGGAGGAAAGACAAAUCACAGUGUCAGGAUUUACCACUGGGCGAGAAAAUCCAAGAAGUGUACAAGACAUUCCUGCAGGAGUCUGGACUUCACUUCACUGACCUGGAGGAAAAAGUUUUCCAUUUCCAUCUGAGCAACCUGGAGUACGCCUGUGGAAACACACUGGACCAGGUGUCGGCUCGCUCGUGGGAUCAUAACGAAUGUUUCGCUCAGUUUUCGGGUGAUCACACGCUUCUGCCUGGUGGAUACGAGUUUGUACUGCACAAACUUGCUCAGGGACUCGAUAUACGGAUUAAAACUGCGGUUCAGUGUGUGGAAUAUUCUGGAGAGGGAGUGACGCUGACAUGUACCAACGGCUCUCAAUGGACCGCACAGAAGGUUCUGGUGACAGUUCCAUUGGCUCUGCUGCAGAAGAACAUCAUUCAGUUUAACCCCGCCCUGCCCGACAGGAAACUCAAAGCCAUUCACAGUCUGGGAGCUGGGGUUAUAGAGAAAAUUGCCCUGCAGUUCCCUCAUCGCUUCUGGGACAGUAAGAUCCAGGGAGCUGAUUAUUUUGGUCAUGUUCCACCCUGUCCAGAGAGGAGAGGUCUGUUCAGCGUCUUCUAUGAUUUGUGUCCGCAAGGUAAAGAGUGUGUGUUGAUGUCGGUGAUCACAGGAGAAGCUCUGGCACUGGUCAGAGAUCUUCAGGACUCUCAGGUUGUGGAUCUGUGCAUGGACGUCCUCAAAAAACUCUUUCAGGAAGAGGAAGUUCCAGAUCCAGUGAAAUACUUUGUGACCCAUUGGAGCAGAGACCCCUGGUCUCAGAUGUCUUACAGCUUUGUGAAGACAGGGGGCAGCGGGGAGGCAUAUGACAUCAUUGCAGAGGAUGUUCAAGGAAAAGUCUUCUUUGCUGGUGAGGCCACAAACAGACACUUUCCUCAGACUGUGACAGGGGCGUAUCUGAGCGGCGUCCGUGAGGCCAGCAAGAUCACUGCGAUGUAGAACUCCAGAACCCUCUCGCCAUCACACAAAAACUUAAAACUGCAUCUGGCAGCACUUGUUCUUCGAGUCUUUUACUGGCUAGAGUGAUUAUUCUUUUGUUUCACCUCUCACAGUCUCGAGACCCUGUGAACCUUCACAGCUGAUUCAAGACUGAUGUCUGCUGAAUGUUAAAUUAUGAAUUCAAAGAAGUCGAAAAGUCAAAGAGAAUAAAAUCACCGUUUCUACUGUAAAUUGUCUCUUGGACUUCCCAGCAUAUGGACAAUUGAAAUCUUUUCCCUAACCGUUUGUCUUAUUUGUCCCUCUAUGAAAAAGUUAUAAAGUAUUAAAAACUGUAACUUAUUCUUUAUCUUA